CAUGGGGUAAAGUUUUGGAGAAUUAGCAUUUUUGAAUGAUAGUUUAAGAUCAGCAAGCAUAAUUUGUGAUUGUCAUAGUAUCCUAGCAGUACUGAGUAAAAAAGAUUAUAAAGAUGUUUUGUAAAAGGCUUAAGAAAAUAAAUUAAGACAAUAGAUAAAAGAGUUUCAUUCUUGUUUAAAAUAGCAUUAGAUUUCUCCAAAAUUAUUAGAUAUAUUGUUUUUAGCAUUUUAGAGUUCUCAUUAUUAAUUCAGAUAGGCUGUGUAUUAUCAAGGUUAAUUAAGCAAAUAAGAGAUCUAUUUAGUGUAAAGUGGAGAGUUUGUAAUAUGUUAAAAUAAUGAUGGAUAAUAUAAUAGUCCUAAAAAGCAGACUUAUUCUUAAAUAGCUUUAUUAUAGAAAGGUUAAAUAUUUGGUGAUCAUGAGAGUUUUAAUAAUAUUGAUAAAAGAUAGUAGAGUGUAUUUUGUAAUUCAGAGAAUGGUAUAGCUCUUAAGAUUCAAUUAAGUUGUUUGAUUUAAAGAUUAUAAACAACAAAUGAAAUGCAUUUAUAUGAGCAAUUAAAAAAUGUUUGCUUAUAGAGAGAAUAAGUAAGAUCAGAUAGAUAAUAAAAAUAAGUGUCUCAAGAUGAGAAUAUAAUAAUAGAUAUGAAAUAUGUAAGGAAAAGAGAUCUCACAUAUCAAACAAAAAGAGUAAGAUCAGCAAGAAGAAAUACAUUUAGUAUUCGAAGUCCUCUCUAAAUUGUUGAGGAUGUUAUAAAGAAUAAAAAACUUGUGUAUUAAUAAUUAUACAAGGAAGAUGAUUAUCGAUCUAAUACUUACUCAAGGAUGGCAAGUACAUAAAGACCAAAUAUUUCUUAAUUGAGAAGAUAAACUUGGG